CAACCCACCUACUCCUUGCCCUAAAUUCUAAGGCUCUUCCUGAUGGCAGAGAAGCUGAACGGGAACAGUGGAUAGCAAACACAUUUCCCCUAAAUCUGACCUGGUGGGCGGGGCAUCCCUGAGGUUAAAUCACCCAGCCAGAGAUGCCCAGCUUGCAGUAGAGAGCCAGACUGUUCAGGAGGAUGGCUAAAUUCAAGGUGAGAGUAUCCACCGGGGAGGCCUGCGGGGCUGGCACAUGGGACAAAGUGUCUGUCAGCAUCGUGGGAACCCACGGAGAGAGCCCCUUAGUACCUCUGGACCAUCUGGGCAAGGAGUUCAGCGCCAGUGCGGAAGAAGACUUCGAGGUGACGCUACCCCAGGAUGUUGGCGCUGUGCUGAUGCUGCGAAUCCACAAGGCACCCCGGGAGGCGCCCCUCCCACUUGUGUCUUUCCCUUCUGAUGCCUGGUUCUGCCGCUGGUUCCAGCUGGAGUGGCUACCUGGGGCUGCACUCCGCUUCCCCUGUUAUCAGUGGCUGGAAGGGGCGGGGGAGCUGGUGCUGAGAGAGGGAGCAGCCAAGGUGUCCUGGGAAGACCACCACCCUAUUCUGCAGGAUCAGCGCCAGAAGGAGCUUAAGGCCAGGCAGAAGAUGUACAGCUGGAAGACUUACAUUGAAGGUUGGCCUCACUGCCUUGACCACGAGACUGUGAAAGACUUGGACCUCAACAUCAAGUACUCUGUGAUGAAGAAUGCCAAAUUCUUCUUUAAAGCCCACUCUGCGUUUACAGAGCUGAAAAUCAAAGGGUUCCUGGACCGAACAGGACUCUGGAGGAGUCUGAGGGAAAUGAAAAGGAUGUUUAACUUCCGAAAGACCCCAGCAGCAGAGUAUGUGUUUGCACACUGGCAGGAAGAUGCCUUCUUCGCCUCCCAGUUCCUGAAUGGUGUCAACCCAGUCCUGAUUCGCCGCUGUCGCAGCCUCCCAAAGAACUUUCCGGUCACUGAUGAAAUGGUGGCCCCAGUGCUGGGCCCUGGGACCAGUCUGCAGGCUGAGUUGGAGAAGGGCUCCCUGUUCUUGGUGGAUCAUGGCAUUCUUUCUGGAGUCCAAACCAAUGUCAUCAAUGGAAAGCCUCAGUUCUCUGCAGCCCCGAUGACCCUGUUAUACCAGAGUUCAGGGUCCGGACCCCUGCUCCCCAUUGCCAUCCAGCUCACACAGACUCCAGGGCCAGACAACCCCAUCUUCCUGCCCAGUGAUGACAAAUGGGACUGGCUGCUGGCCAAGACCUGGGUGCGCAACGCUGAGUUUUCUGUCCAUGAGGCUGUCACACAUCUUCUGCAUGCCCACCUGAUCCCAGAAGUCUUUGCCUUGGCCACACUGCGUCAGCUGCCUCGUUGUCACCCUCUCUUUAAGCUGUUGAUUCCUCACAUUCGGUUCACACUACACAUCAACACGCUUGCCCGUGAGCUGCUCAUUGCCCCUGGAAAGUUGGUAGAUAAGUCCACAGGCCUUGGCACUGGGGGAUUCUCUGACCUGAUAAAGAGAAACAUGGAGCAGCUGAACUAUUCUGUCCUGUGUCUCCCUGAGGAUAUCCGAGCCCGAGAUGUGGAAGACAUCCCAGGCUACUAUUACCGAGAUGAUGGGAUGCAGAUCUGGGGGGCAAUAAAAAGCUUUGUCUCUGAGAUAGUCGGCAUCUACUACUCAAGUGACACAUCUGUCCGAGAUGACCAAGAGCUCCAGGCCUGGGUGAGGGAGAUCUUCUCUGAGGGCUUCCUCAGCCGAGAAAGCUCAGGUAUGCCCUCCUUAUUGGAUACCCAGGAAGCCCUGGUCCAGUACAUCACAAUGGUGAUAUUCACCUGCUCAGCCAAGCAUGCAGCUGUCAGUGCAGGCCAGUUUGAUGCUUGUGUUUGGAUGCCCAAUCUGCCACCUACCAUGCAGCUACCACCACCUACUUCCAAAGGCCAGGCUCGUCCUGAGAGUUUCAUAGCCACGCUCCCAGCAGUCAAUUCCUCGUGUUAUCACAUCAUUGCCCUCUGGCUGCUAAGCACGGAGCCUGGGGACCAAAGGCCCCUGGGCCACUAUCCAGAUGAACACUUCACAGAGGAUGCCCCACGGCGAAGCGUGGCUGCCUUCCAGAGAAAGCUGUUCCAGAUCUCCAAGGACAUCCAGGAGAGGAACCGAAGCCUGGCUCUGCCCUACACCUACCUGGAUCCUCCCCUCAUCGAGAACAGCGUCUCCAUCUAAAACCUUGGAGAACAUAGACAUGUGACAUAUAGAACUCUCGACCUUGCCUUUCCAAGCUAAGCAUCACAGAGAGAAAGUAGUCUUUUAAAAUAAUACAGGUCCCCAUGUGCUUCUCCUGAACAACCAAGCCCCAUCUUACCCACUCCUGAAACACACACACACACACCCCUAAGUAAAUCAAAACAGACAAACCUAAACUCCUACAGAAUAGAGGGUCUCACAGCAGAAAACCAUCAAAAUGUUUGGAGACUCCGAUCUUCAGCUCUGAUUAAGGGCUUUGCUGGUUUCCUUUGUUUGUAUCCCAUUAACCAUGGAUGGUAACAGAAGCACAGAACACUGCACACAGCCACUGAGAUCUCACAGCCAGCAACAUAAAGGCAUAUAGGCAUCUCAGCUACAUAAGAAACCAGUCUACCCAUGACCUACAUGACCUACCAUCAUGACCUACGACCUCACACUGAAAUGGUUUAGCACUGAGAAAGGAUUACUGGAGUCAGGCAGAAGAGAAGAACAGGGUGAAUGCAUGGCUCCGUGUGGAAGAACACAGCUGCUCUUCUAGAAGACCAGGGUAGCUCACAGACAUGUGUAGUUCUAAUUCCCAGAGGUCCCUUGUGGCUCUGAGAACUCCAGGCAUGCAGGGGAAAUACCAGUAUACAUAGCAAUUAUGGUUUUUAAGAGAGGAACACGCCACCCUUUCUACUUCACCUCUUCUCAAAGCCACCCCUAAAGUGAAUUGUGAACCAGGGCCCCUUUCCAGAGAAUUAGAAAAUAUUCUCAAACCUCUAA